UGGGGCCACGACUGGACACGAUGACGACAUUCGCGACGCUUCCUCAUCACGCCGACUAAACCCAUCCCUAUCUCUAACCCAUCAUACUCUUUUAUAUAUUUCUUCCUCCCCGCUCCCCUUGCCGCUGUCCCCAGCACCACAGCUCCGAGGAGGAGGAGGAAGAAGGAAGGAAGGAAGGAGAGCCGACGACGAUGUCUGCUUACUGUGGAAAAUAUCGCGAUGAACUUAUUGCCAAUGCAGCUUACAUUGCCACCCCAGGUAAGGGGAUUCUCGCAGCUGAUGAGUCCACUGGCACCAUAGGCAAACGUCUUGCCAGCAUCAAUGUGGAGAACGUCGAAGCCAAUCGCCGUGCUUUGCGCGAGCUCCUUUUCUGCACACCGGGUGCUCUACAAUACCUCUGCGGCGUCAUCCUUUUUGAAGAGACCCUUUACCAGAAGACAGCUGAUGGGAAACCGUUUGUCGAAGUCCUCAAGGAAGGGGGGGUCCUCCCUGGUAUCAAGGUAGACAAGGGUACCGUCGAGCUUGCUGGUACCAAUGGUGAGACCACAACACAAGGCCAUGAUGAUCUUGGCAAGCGCUGCGCCAAGUACUAUGAGGCAGGGGCUCGUUUUGCCAAGUGGCGGGCUGUCCUGAAGAUUGGCCCAACUGAGCCAUCCCAGCUUGCAAUUAAUGAGAAUGCUAACGGUUUGGCUCGAUAUGCCAUCAUCUGCCAGGAGAAUGGCCUUGUUCCAAUUGUGGAGCCUGAGAUCCUUGUUGAUGGGCCCCAUGACAUCAAUCGCUGUGCUGAGGUGACGGAGCGGGUGCUUGCUGCUUGUUAUAAGGCACUGAACGAUCACCAUGUUCUCUUGGAAGGAAGUUUAUUGAAGCCUAACAUGGUGACUCCUGGGUCAGACUCAAAGAAGGUAGCCCCAGAGAUUGUGGCUGAGUGCACGGUGCGUGCUCUCCUGAGAACUGUCCCGGCAGCUGUUCCAGCCAUCGUCUUCCUUUCUGGCGGUCAAAGUGAGGAGGAGGCUACUUUGAACCUGAAUGCGAUGAACCAGCUUAAGGGGAAGAAGCCAUGGUCCCUCUCUUUCUCAUUCGGCCGUGCGCUGCAGCAGAGCACGCUCAAGACAUGGGCUGGAAAGGAGGAGAAUGUUGAGAAGGCCAGGGCUGCUUUCCUCUCUAGGUGCAAGGCGAAUUCAGAGGCCACCCUAGGGGCAUACAAGGGAGAUGCUGGCAGGGGAGAAGGUGUCUCAGAGAGCCUCCAUGUCAAGGACUACAAGUACUGAUUCUGGUUCCUCUAGGUUUCUGGUCUGUUGAUGAGUAAUGGAGAAAAGUAUCUAGUUGUUUAGUACUUAGCCAAGUGUCUUGUGAGAAUUUAAUAACCUGAGGCUUUUGGUACCUCGGCAGGUAUGAGUCUCGAAUGUUUGCUUCUCUUCUUGUAUACAGUUCGGUUCUCUCUUUUCCUAUCCCAACGCCAAUGGUUUCUUCUCUGUAACAAGGUCCUUUUUGAAUACGAGUCUAUGCCAUGUAUGAUUAUCGUCUUUGCUGAAUCUUGCUGUUCUUUA